AUGCGAAACAGAAAUCAAAAGGGAAACAUUGUUGUAAUUAGUUCAGACGCUGGCCGCGUGCCAUUUCCAGGACUUGCUGUAUAUUGUGGAACAAAGUUUUUUGUUGAGGGCUUUUUGCGCUCACUCCGUUUGGAGUCUAAACCGAAUGACAUUAUCAUUACAUCAAUUCAGCCAGGUGAUGUGGCGACGCCGGCUCAGCAGUGGACUACCGAUACGGAGGCAGCGGAACUAUUUUCCCCCCUUCAUCGCCCUCCCGUUGAGUGCCAAAAGGCAUGGGAUACUAUGCUUAAACCCGAACAAGUAGCCGAUGCCGUGCUGUUUGCUCUUUCACAACCCGCUGGAACUGCGAUUAAUGAAGUCCUUAUUGAGCCAAUCACCGGACCCGUUUAG